AUGAAUGCGUUGAGUCUGUUGCAACAAAACAUUGGCGCGUUGCAAGCGCUCAUCCCGCUGAUGGCGCAGCAGCAGCAGCAGCAGCCGUCCGACACGGCGCAAGCCCAGCAGCUCCAGCAGCAGCAAGCCGCAGCCUCCGCCAGCGUCGCUUCUGUCAUCUCUCAGCUCGCGCUCGCCGCGUCCAACAUUCUUCCGCAGAUGGGGAUGGCUCCCCCCGUCCUUCCGCCGCAAAUCGGAAUGGCUCCUCCCGCGGCGGUCCAGCAAAUGGGUUUCACCACCCCCGUGAACUCCGCCGCUAAUCCCUCUUCACAGCUCCUGGUUUUGCCCCCCGUUCCGCAGCAGCAGCAGCAGCAGCAGCAGCAGCAGCAACAGCAGCAGCAGCAGCAGCAGCAACACCAGCCGCAGCAACAGCAACAGGAGGUUGCGUCGUCGACUUCCGUUAACCGUCAGCAGCAGUUAAUCUCGUCUCUUGGAGCCUCCGGCUCGCUACUUCAGCAGCAGGCGGCGCAGCUGACGCUCGCGACGCAAGCACCACCGUACGAUCAUCGUCCGCAACAGCAGCAAUCGCCACGGCAGCAGUCUGGAAUCAAGUUCGUCCCGCCUGCUCCUGACGAGUCAGAUGACAUGGCAGCAAAGCUUCAGCUGAGCCAGCCGGGCUUUGCGCCGACCAUGGCGGCUCCUGUGCAGGCGAAGGCGGCGGUUCCACCAAGGCCAGUCGCGCACCUCCCGCCGCCUCAGGCGCAGGCGUCGCAGGCGCAGGCGCCGGCGGUGGCGCGACAAUUCCCGAAGCAAGGCGCGGUGGACAGGCUUCUCGGUGGGGCGAUCCUUCUCACGCAGAAGCGCAAGCUUGGUUUCGACGGCGCCGGAACGGCAAUUGUUGCUUCUGGCGCUACCACCACCCCCGGCCACGGAGGCCUGGGCAAUGGUGGUGUUGGUUCUGAGAGUCUGGCGCGCAAGCGCAGCAAGGAGAACGUGAGGGAGGACAGUGGAUGCAAGCAGCGAGGCUCCCCUGAUGGCGACGACGACGAUGCGCUACCAGACGGUUCCUACGAUGUGAUUGAAAUGGAUCCUGUGGAAUUGCUGGCGGAGCACACUCAUUUCUGCGAAAUCUGUGGCAAGGGAUUCAAGCGUGACGCCAACCUCCGCAUGCACAUGAGAGGCCAUGGCGACGAGUACAAGACGCCAGAAGCCCUUGCCCGCCCCGACAAGCACCUCGCUAACGUUGCCCAGCGCCCGAAACGUUUCAGCUGCCCGUUUGUUGGCUGCAAGCGCAACAGCCAGCACCAGCGCUUCCUCCCACUGAAGACGAUGCUGUGUGUGAAGAACCACUACCGCCGCACCCACUGCCCGAAGAUGCUCGCGUGCUCCAAGUGCGGUGCAAAGCGGUUCUCGGUGGUGGCGGACCUCAAGACCCACGAGAAGCACUGCGGGCGCGACCGCUGGCUGUGCUCCUGCGGCACGUCCUUCAGCCGCAAGGACAAGCUGCUCGGCCACCUCGCCCUCUUCAAGGGCCACCGCCCCGCCAACCCAUCCCUCACUGCUGCCGACGAUGGCCCUGCAGGCGCUAUCAAUUAUGGUACAGGAGGUGAAGCUCCUGCGAUCGCUGGGCCUUCAGUGCCUGCUCCUCCUCAGGUGAUGGAAGGGGAGAGGGAAGUGGUGGUGUAUCAGCAGGGUUCUCCGGCUCAGCUCACUCUUGGCCAGGCGGCUGCUGCACCUGCUGCUGUGCAGGAGGUUCAAGGCACUGCACCUACUGGUGCUGCUGUUCCUGGUCCAAGGGUGGAUGGUGGUGGUGGUCAGGCGAUCCUGGACAGCCGUACCCCUCUCCUCUCGGCUUCACCUGGCAGCCGUCCCCCCUCCCUUGCGCCCUCCCCCGUCCUCCCCCCUGCCUUCCCCGCGCCCUCCCCACCUCUCCCCACCCACUCACCCUCCCCCUCCCGCAUGCUCCCAGGCUUCAUAAGCAUUGACUGCGGGUACCAGGGGCGGCCCUACCGCUCUCCUCUCAACUUCACCUGGCAGCCCGAUCCCCCUAAUGUCCCCGGCACGCCUGCUGUCAUCACCGCGCUCUCGCCGGAUGGGGGAGGUGGCAUGCUGACGAUGGAAGGGACGCUGAGGGUAUUCAAUAACGACAGGGCCGUCAACUGCUACCACGUGCCGCUCACUGCUACUGGCCGUUACCUGGUGCGUCUGACCUUCUGGUACAAGAACUACGAUGGCAAAAACUCGCCGCCUGUAUUCAACGUCACUGUUGGACCCGGAUCAGCGGGUCAGGUGGACCUUCGCCCGAUAGGCGAUACCCUCUACACGCUUGAGGCCAUGGCCACAGUGAGGGACGCCACCAUGCCCAUCUGCCUGCAGCGGGUGGGGGACGCCCCGCCCAUCAUCAACGCCAUUGAGAUCCGCCCGCUGCCGCCCCUGUCUUAUAGCUACCAGCAGCUCAAGGCAGACGUGCUGCUGGUGUGGUGGCGCUUUGCGUGUGGAGACAGCAGCACCAGAGACCAGUCGUUCAGGUACCCCUCGGACCCUCUUGACCGCGUAUGGGCAAUCGACGGCACCACUCAGUUGGACCACUGGGACCUCCAACCAUCUAACCGCACACAGCUGGUUACCACCAACGCCACCCGGGUGCUGCAGUCGGCUCACACGGUGCUAGCACCGCCAGCGCUGGCGAACCGAGGCUUGGAGUAUUCCUUUGAUAACCUCGACCUGGGCCCCAGAGCUGGCCAAGCCGCCAUCCCCUUCACAGUCACACCCGAAAACCGGGUAAACAUCAGGCUUAGAGUAAAAACGACCGCUAAGAGCCGAAUUCGCCCGGUGACACUUAGCGGGUUGGAAAUCGUCCAGCUGUUUGAAGAGGCACCGGCGGUGGGGGGGGGAGAUGUGGCGGCGUUGGCAUGUGUGAGGACCCAGUUUGGGGAGCCGGCUGCUAUGGAGGAGUGGGUGGGGGACCCGUGCUACCCUGUCACGUGGCCGGGCGUGCAGUGCAGCUUUAGUGCCAAUGCUACUGCCGUCAUCGGACUGUGA